CUUUUUAUUUUAUUUUAUGCUUUUUAAAAAUUCUAUCUAUAUGUAGAUUAAACCUGGAGACCACCCGUGGAAUGAACAUUUUUUGCAGUGUGCGUCCAUGGUUGUAUCACAUGACCCUUUAAUCUUGUGUGUAUUUCCGCGUUCACGACGGUCGAGCCGUUAUCAAUGACUGUCCAUGGGGAUGUGCAGGGUUUUAGCUAAAGCAUCGUUGCUGUUUUCAUCAUCCUCCCCUCCAGCUGCGGCUGCUGUCUCCGCUCUGAACGAAUGAAGCUUUAACCAUCUGACGGCCUCCUCCUUCUCCACCGCCGCCUCUUAUUCUCCAUCGAGCCUGUCGUCGACCAGCGCGGCCGAGCUGGGGGGCAAUCCGGGGAAAGGGAGCCGCGGCGCCGCGCACCGGCCGACGGACACCCCACCGCGACGCGCCACCAACAUGCUCACCCGGGUCAAGUCCGCCGUGGCCGGAUUCAUGGGUGGAAUCAUGGCCGGCGGCAGCUCCGGCGGAGGGGCAAACGCUGGUUCCGAGCUGCCGCUGAAAUUCCCAUAUAUGAGACCUCAAUUCCUUGGACUGUCCCCGGAUGAGAUCGAGUGCUCUGCGGACCACAUAGCCCGGCCCAUCCUCAUCCUGAAGGAAACCAGGAGAUUACCGUGGGCCACCGGAUACGCUGAGGUGAUUAAUGCUGGUAAGAGCGCGCUGAAUGAGGACCAGGCCUGCUGCGAGGUGGUAGUAGCGAGAAGGAGGCCAAUGAGCUACUGCCCUCCCUCCACGCCCAGCAAGACCCCCACAGCCAAGAGACGCAACUCCCUUCCCAACGGAGAGGGCCUGGGGCUCCGUAUGGAGCACAGCAAGCAGGGAGAGGACAGUGAAGGACUGGUGUUCCACUACUGGGCCUUAUUCGAUGGCCACGCUGGCUCAGGUGCAGCAGUUGUCGCCUCCCGCCUACUGCAGCACCACAUCGCCUGCCAGCUCCAGGCCGUCAUUGAGAUCCUACGCAACCUAGCCUCCCUGCCCCCAACCGUCCUGGGUGAGGAGCCCGACAACAACCCCUACCUCCAGGGAAACACCGCAGGCCCUCACCGAGCACUGACCCGGGCCGCUUCGUUGCGUGGGGCCGCAGGUGCGCCACCUUCCCCGUGCAGCACCCCGCCUCCGCCGCGCUUCUUUACUGAGAAGAAGAUCCAGCAUGAGAGCCUGGUGAUAGGAGCCAUUGAGAACGCCUUCAAAGAGAUGGAUGCCCAGAUUGAGAGGGAGAAGCAAGUCUUUAACAUCACAGGAGGAUGUACAGCUCUCACUGUGGUUUACCUGCUAGGAAAACUAUACGUUGGGAAUGCAGGUGACAGCAGGGCUAUCAUCAUUAGAAACAAUGAGAUCAUUCCCAUGUCGACAGAGUUCACACCAGAAUCAGAACGACAGCGACUCCAGUUCCUGGGUUUUAUGCAGCCUCACCUGUUAGGAAAUGAGUUCACGCACCUGGAAUUUCCCCGGAGAGUUCAGAGGAAAGAAGUGGGCAAGAGGAUGCUCUACAGAGAUUUCACCAUGAAUGGAUGGGCAUACAAGACCAUUGAGGAUGAAGAUCUCAAGUUUCCACUAAUAUACGGGGAAGGGAAAAAGGCACGUGUGUUGGCCACCAUUGGUGUGACCCGUGGGCUCGGUGACCAUGACCUCAAAGUUCAUGACUCCAACAUCUACAUCAAACCGUUCCUUUCCUGUUGCCCUGAGGUUAAGGUAUAUAACCUGACGCAGUACGAGCACGGGGCUGAUGAUGUUCUGGUAAUGGGAACCGACGGCCUCUGGGACGUCCUCUCCAACCAGGAAGUAGCCGAAGCCAUCACCUCAUUCCUAGCCAACUGUGACCCUGAUGACCUGCACAGGUAUACAAUGGCAGCACAAGACCUGGUGAUGCGAGCACGUGGCGUGCUGAGGGACCGAGGCUGGAGGAUCACCAAUGAGCGUCUGGGCUCCGGAGAUGACAUCUCGGCCUUCAUCAUACCGCUGAUGUACGGCAACCGUCAGCCCUGAAGAGCCUGACAGAGAUGCUGCGGUUCAAGGACCUGAAGGGCAUGUAUGCUCUUAAACCAACAGGAUUGAUUAGUCCUGAACUGAGAAUCCCCUUUCAGUUUCCUCAGUGCAAUUUGCACAUUUCUUUUCUUCCUUAGACCACGGAUAUACUAAUAUUUGGAUAUUUAGAUUUGUUGAUGUUUCAUAUCUCUAUAGGAGUUCAGAAUUGGUCAGCCACCAAAUUUGGCUGCUCAGGGGGAACUAGUUUAUUUUUUAAAGCCUCAAAAGUCGGAAAAACUCCAACAUGAAUAUUUAGACACAUGGUAAUUUAAUUUGUGUCAUCAAUCAAAAUUGUCAAGAAAUAUUUUGGCCUGUUGAUGAAAGUGAAUCUUGAAUGUUGUUAGUGACAUCAGGUUUAUUUCCCCUGAACUUCUGCAGAUAUAUGAAAGCUGAAAUAGGCGAAUGCUCUUCCAAAGGGAAGAAAAGACCUCGUUCUUUCUGUCUUUCUUACCUCUCUUGCAGUGCUGUACAAUAGGGGAGGGGGGUACGCAUAUUUCACGUGCAGUUUUCAUGUUUCUGAGAAAGUGCACAACUGACCAGUGAGAAGAAAAGAGACAAGGACAUGAAGUUAACUAAUGCAGAUCAUGAGGAAUCAGUUUUACUGGGGCGUGAAAACUCUUGAGUCUGUAUGGAUCAACAACAGGGACAUAGCAUGAUAUGAUUUAUGAUCAAAGUUUGAUAUGAAAAUUGCUUUUAAAUUGUCAUUUAACAACUGCAUAGAGAAAAUGUUCGUGAGAAAUCAAUCUGUUGGUCAUCAGUGAGUUUGUCUUUAGUUGCAGUUAGUUGGUCAUUAGCAGUCAUGGUUAUGGUGUUUAAGCUCGGCUGUAUGUUUCAAUAUUUAGGGAAGUACACUUAUUUGCUUUUUGCUGAGAGUUAGAUGAGAAGAUCGAUACCACUCUCACAUCUGUGGUUCCGUCCAAAGGUUAAAAAAAACCCUCUAAAUUAACACGUUAUAUCUCAUUUGUUUAAUCCGUACAAAAACCAACAUGUAAAAACGGCAAGUGUUGGUUUUACAGGGUGGUUACAUAUACCGUAAAAACACAAAAAGAACAUAUAAAAGAGUGAUACCACUCCCAUGUCUGUAUGAUAAAAAUGAAGCUACAGACAGCAGUCGGUUAGCUUAGCUUAUCAUAAAGACUGGAAAAAGGGGGAAACUCUGUCCAAAGGUAACAAAAUCUCUAAAGCUCACUAAUUAACACGUUAUAAAUGUCUGUUUAAUCUGUAUAAAACUCUGUACCAAAGUGUAAAAAUGACACAUUGUUUGCUACCACAUGUUGGUUGCUACGACACGUUGAUUAUAGCAGUAACUUCUAAGCUAACCUACAGUAAGCUAACCUACAGUAAGCUAACGGUCUGUCUAGUAUUUAAUGUACAGAUAUGAAAGUGACAUCAAUCUUCUCAUCCAACUCUCCCCAAGAAAACAAAUAAGCUUGUUUCCCAAAAUGUCAACCAAUUACGGAAAUAUUUCAUACAAGCUAAACUGUACACUAGGAAACUUGGAAUUUGUGGAAAUUGAGUUUUUCAAGAAACCCGUUUCACAAUUAGCUAAAUGCCGAAGUUUUUAAAAAGGUGGAAAAAUAAAGACUAAACAUUAAAUUAGAUGACUUGUGUACAUCAGAGUACUUGCACUUUAGACUGACCCACAUCAUUAACCAUAGAGCUAUGAUAUAUGAAAUGAUGUAGAGGCAAAUAUUCCCUGCAGCAGGGAGGAUAAAAUAAAAUUCAUAGUCAAGGUGAACAAACGUUUCACAGAGAAAAAACUGAAGGCUUUCUUUUGCGUUAACAUGUUUUGCAUGUUUCAUAAGCUUUAGAUGCUUGAUAUAGAUCACAUUUGUCUUCAGAGGGACAGGUUUGGGAGUAACAAUGUGCUAUAGUGAUUUACUGUGUGUCAGUGCAUGCAGUGACAUAUUGUAGGCCUGGGAAUAUGAGCGACGGUGCAAUGGUUUACACUGCUGUUUGUUUUUAUAUGGACUGAAUUUGUAUUUCUGUAAUGUAUCAAAGGGUUAGUGAUAAUGUUACUUGUUUGUAAAUGUGCAUAGACCAUGCAUAUAUGUAGAAGGUUGUUUUUCCCUUAGAAUUAUUAGCCUUCCAGACAUUUAGCAUAAGAGCUAAGGGUACGAUUCAUUGUGAAGGAAGGGAAUGAAAUGAAACAAAAAUGCUAGUGGCCAGACACAAAACCAAAUCAUGUUUUUGCACUUUUUUUAUCUUGUUGACUUGACUUCAGAAAGAAAAGUAACUAUGAAGAGUUCACAGAGUUACAGACUGCAAACUGAUGUGCAUGUGUAUUUUUUCGCCCCUUCCCAACGUUAUUAUUCUGGAUUCAUAGACUACACUCCUCAGCCAGCCACUUUGGGUUAAGAUGCAGGAGAUGAGAAGUAGUCUGCGGGAAGGGGAAACUUAGACUUCAGAGGGUAAACAAAAAUUUUUUUUAAAAGUUUGAUUCCAAGCUGAGGGGAAAAAAACAAUUAACCACAUACAAUUAAAACAAACUGCAUGUUUAGGUCCUUGACUGACAAAAUAAUGAUAGCCUAAGAUUGAAUGAUUUUUCUUCCUCAAAAGUGGGUAUGUAGAGUUUUGGAGUAGCACUGGUUUACUUUAGGCUUGACUGUAAAGUGAGAAGAUGUCUCCUUAUUUCAUAAAACAGGGCGUACAGGCGAUUGACUGAAUCCAAAACCGUUCAUUUGGAAAUAGUGCCAGGAUGAGGAAGCCAUUGUUAGAGGAAUAGUUCGACAUUUUGGGGACAUACACUUGCUUGAGAGUUACAUGAGAAGAUUGAUACUCUUAUUUCUGUACAGUAAAUGUGAAGCUACAGCUAGUAGUUAGCUUAGCAUUAAGACUGGAGAGAGUUAGCCUGGCUCUGUCCAAAAGUAAC